CUAGGCUACCCCGCAGAGAGCUAAGCAUGUACGCAAAGCUCUUCCUCUCCUUCCUUGUCGUGUCUUUCGCGGCCAUCUUUACUAUCCAAUCUGCUGAGGCCGCUAAGGGGCCUAAGAUUACCCAUAAGGUCUACUUCGACAUCAAACAUGGUGACGAAGACCUUGGACGAAUUACUAUGGGUCUCUUCGGUGGAACUGUUCCCAAGACGGUGGAGAACUUCCGCGCUCUCACUACUGGUGUCAAGAAGGAUGGAUCGGCACUCCCUGAGGGAAUGGGCUACAAGGGCUCCAAGUUCCACCGUGUCAUUAAGGACUUUAUGAUCCAAGGUGGAGACUUUACUAAGGGUGAUGGUACCGGCGGAAAGUCAAUCUACGGCGACAGGUUUGCGGACGAGAACUUCAAACUCAAGCACACUGCUCCUGGAAUUCUUUCCAUGGCAAACGCAGGCAGGGACACUAACGGGUCGCAAUUCUUCAUCACCACCGCCAUAACGAGCUGGCUCGAUGGACGUCACGUCGUAUUUGGCAAGGUUAUCGACGGCAUGGAUGUCGUUCGCGCAAUUGAAACCGUCAAGAAAGGCGCACAAGACCGUCCCGAAGUAGACGUCAUCAUCGUCGAAUGCGGAGAGCUCGAAAUCGAGCCUCAGGUGGAUGAAGACGGGAACCAGGUGCCUCUUCGUGCCGAGCUCUGAGACUACAUUAAGUAGCCUCAGUCCACUCGUCACCUUUGUAUCUUCCAAAAUGUGAUUCGUGACCGACAAAUAUAUUGUGGAUUUUUUAUUUUUAGGAUGACGAUGAUGUAACUAC